GCCGUCGGGAACUGAAGAGUAGAACGGCCGCCACCAUGAGCGAGACGCACCGCCAGGUGGCCAACAACACCCUCAUCAAGAAGAUGAUGCAGUCGCCGCUGUGCAAGUCCGGCUCCACGCUGGACCUGUCCACGCUGGCCGAGGAGGACAAGGAGGCCCUGCCCGUCGGCAAGCUGCGGCGCGUGUUCACGACGCACGCGCGCCGCCGGUCGCAGCGGCGCUCCAAGAAGGACGAGACGGGCACGGCGGCGGUGCCGGGCUUCAACCUGAGCCGCAUGAUGAAGGAACCCCUGCGCGUCGUCCACUCCGUCCCGCUGUCCUUCCCCAACGGCAGCAGCUCGUCGUCCAACGACCUCAUAUCCCGGAGAGGGGUGUUCAGCCGCAGGCACUAUGGGUCCGUCGAGCUGCUGCCGCAGAUCGAGGCGGACGGCUCCGAGCUCAACGGCCGCCGCUUCCGGGUCGAGAACGGCGAGUCGCUGGGCGAGAAGGAGGAGAUGUUCGGGUCGCCGAGCACGCCGGUACUUGAAAAUCCCGAGUAUCAAACGAGAUGGUACUUCAAGUACUUCCUCGGCAAAUUGCACCAGAACUACGUGUCGGUGGACUGCGACAAGGUGCCCGUCUUCCUGUCCGUGGUGCUGACGGACGCCAACGACCAGUGCGUGUCGCAGUACCGCGCCAUCCUCUGGAGGAAGACGGGCGCCCAGAAGAUCUCCGUGCCACACACGCCCAACAAGCCAAUGACUGUCAAGCAGAUAUUAAGCAACUUCCCCAACGUGGAGAAGAUGGAGAAGGGACCAAAGGAAAUCUUCGCGCCGGAAAUACAGAAGGACCUUUUGUUGCUGGAGGAGCAGGAGGGCUCCGUCAACUUCAAGUUCGGCGUGCUGUACACCAAGCCCCAGCAGGUGACGGACGACGAGAUGUUCAGCAACGAGGAGGGCAGCCCCGAGUUCCACCGCUUCGUCAAGCUGCUGGGGGACGAGGUGAAGCUGAAGGGCUGGAAGAAGUACCGCGGGGGCCUCGACGUCAAAGGCGACAUGACGGGCAAGCACUCGGUGUACACAAUCUACGAAGGGCACGAGAUCAUGUUCCACGUCUCCACCAUGCUGCCCUACUCCAAGGACAACCGUCAGCAGGUGGAGCGGAAGCGACAUAUCGGCAACGACAUCGUCAACAUCGUGUUCCUGGACGGCGGGCCCUCGCAGAUGGGCACCUUCAACCCGUCCUUCAUCAAGUCCCAGUUUACUCACGUGUUCGCGCUCGUGACCCACGACGCCGAGGCCGACGCCUGGAGGCUGGCCGUCUACUCCGAGGAGUCGGUGCCGCUGUUCGGGCCGUCGCUGCCCUGCCCGCCCGUCUUCACCAACGACGACGAGUUUCGGGAGUUUCUCCUCGUGAAAAUGAUCAACGGCGAGAAGGCCGCCUUCAACACGCCCACGUUCGCGCAGAAGCGGGAGCGCACGCUGGACAUGCUCAUCAAGGACCUGCACUCGGAGCACAUGCCCGACGGCCGCACGACGAUGCUGAACCGGCGUGCCUUCUCGGACGUGCUGCCCGACGCCCCCCGAGGCGUCAGCGGGUCCGCGUCGUCGCGCCGCAAGGAGGAGACCCGACAGGUGGAGUUCGUCCGCUUCGGCCAGGGGCUAAAAGUGGACACCAUCGAGCGCGGCGACGCCCCCACCUCGCUGGCCACUUCCGGGCUGUUCAAGCGCGCGCCCUGGGAGCCCAUGUGCUUCUACCCGGACUUCAGCCAGGAGGUGGUGUGCGGCGACUCGUGGGGCGACUCCCGCCUCGUCGUCGCCACGGAGCAGGGCGUCUACAUCGUCAACAACGACGAGCACUCCGGCGGACCAGGGCUGUCCCAGCGCACCAUCAUGGACAAGACGGUCAUCGUGCGGCAGCUGCACGUCGUGGAGGCGCACGGCAUCCUGCUCUUCCGCACGGACAAGAUGGGCCGGGACAACAAGCUGAUGCACGUGUUCCGGCUGUCGGACUUCGAGCAAGGCGAGCAGGGCGCGGCGCCGCCGCUGCAGCUGCCGCUGGGCCGCAGCGAGAUCAAGGAGCACCGCCUGGAGCGCACGCGCGGCUGCCACCUCUACGCCGUGUCGCGGCCCGGCGGCUCGCACCUGCGCGUCGUCGUGGCCAUCAAGAACAAGCUGCUCGUGAUGCAGUGGCGCCACUCGGCCGCCUGGACGGCCUGGUGCCCGGCCUCGGACACGGACACCGUGGAGGGCUUCCAGAACCUCAGGGACAUCACGGUGGCCGAGUCGCCGACCCUCAUCACCCUGGUGGACUCGACGCUGGGCGGCUCCGCGGGCGGCGCCGACAACUACAUCUGCGUCGGGUACCGCCACCAGUUCGACCUGGUGGGCGAGCGGUCCGGCGAGGUUGUCAAGCUGCACGCCGUCGAGGGGUCCAGGUCGCACCUGGUGGCCGCCGUCGACCUGUACGAGGAUGAGGAGCCCGAGCUGCUGCUCUGCUACAAUCACACCUGCCACUUCCAGAAGCUCUCAGAGGCCAGGACGACCACCGAAUUCGACUUCCACUGGAACUCGGUGCCUUGUGCGAUAGUGUGCGCCUUCCCCUACAUCAUAGCCUUCACGCAGGACUCGAUGGAAAUCCGUCUCGUCAUCAACGGCAACCUGGUGCAAACCAUGGUCAUGCCCAAGUUGGCUCUGAUAACAUCCAAAAAUGACAUCUUCUUCGCGACCACGGCCCCAGAGUUCUUCCCCAACCGCACCGAGUGCCUGCACGUGGACCACAAGGACAACAGGGACACCAUGUCGCCGCCCGCCUCCCCGCACACGUCGUCGCCAGAGGCGCGCCCGUUCCGGCUGUACCGCAUCCCGCUCCACGUGCUGAGCGGCAUGGUGGCGCCGGUGGACCGCCGCUGCCCCACGCCGUCGCCCGAGCCCCCCGCCAGCGGAUGCGCCAGCAACUGCCCCAGCGGCUCGGGCUCGCCCGCCGCCGCCACCACCCCCAACUCCAGCAGCAAGGGCGGGCUGGGCGUGCCGGGCGUCGGGGGCGGCGGCGCCGGGGGAGGCAUCGGGGCCGGGCCCUCGGGCAGCAGCGGCAGCAGCAGCCUCCUCGUGGACCCGUACCGCCAGCUCAGCAGGUCCUGCUCCUCGUCGCCCACCCCCCACCAGCCGUCGGGGUCCUUCCUCGCCUCCAAGACCACGAAUUGAGCCGCCUCGCGGCCCCUCACCAUCCUCACGGUGGACCGGGGAAGUGCCACGGCGGCGGCCCUGCGUCACCGCGCUGCGUGCAGACGGCGUGCCUCCGUUCGUGUCGGGUUGCUCUCGGCGGGGUGUCCAGUGAAGGAAUCAAGUCUCUGGCUGCGGCGUGACUGCGUGACGCGGCUUCGCGUCUCAAGGCUUCCCUCUUGUUUCUGUUAAACUUUUCUAUUUUCUUUUCUUGUUGCGGGUCCAAGUCGCCAAAGCGGGCAGCGCUGGCUUGUCUGGCGUGUGCCGGAAGCGUAGCAGUGUAGAUGCUGUGGGUCCAUUCCUGUCCUGUCUCGCUCUCGCUCGCUCGCGUUGUUUCGUUGUUCUGUCUUACCGCCCCUCGCUCCGAGAGGCAAGUAGGUAAGCCACAGCCCAGGAACUGCUCGCUCGCGUCCCACGGUCAUCGAGACAAUGUUCACGGGGUGACGCCUCCUCCGCUGGAUCUGGGGAAAGCGAAGUGCUGGCGCCAAAUUUUGUUUAGGUGUAGCAAACAGGCAAAUACAAUCAGAAUCUUAACAAAAAAAAAAAAGGUUGUGGUCAUUUUAUUUCAUUUCAUACUGUGUAUUAUCGGUUCCAGAACUUUGCCUGUCCAUUAACCCAAUCAUAAAAAAAGUUUGGUUUCGUAAAUACUAUUUUUUUCUUUUCUUUCUUUCUUACUCGAAUAAUGUCUAGAUGUUUGUUUCCGAUGGUUGAAAUCCAUCGUAUAGUGGCCGUAUCGUAAUAUAGGCGGCUGUAUCAGAAAGUUAUAUAUUCUCUUUACAGUAUUCAAUAUCAUAUAUUUUCUAUACCACUUACAUGUUAUUAGGAAGUGUGAUAUCAAAGAGUAAACCAAAGUAAUUGUACAAAACUCAAUUUUCCAAAGUUUGUGUUUUGGUAUGCUAGAGUUCCAGAAAUUCUUAUGUGCCAUAGCCAGCUAUUAUUGUAUCUUAAUUAUUCUGUUGGAACUUUCCACUGCAAUGUGUAAAGAAGAAAAUAUUUUUCAGUAAUCCUGAAGGAAAGCUCAAAUAAAUAUUUUGUACAGAUCAACACACAGAUACGACUCAUCUAGUCACAUUGAGUGUAUAUGUUUAUCCAGAGUGUGUCUCACAGGGACUCAAACUUAAUCCUUAGAAUUUCGCUUCAUGAAAACAUAUGCCAUUCUUAGAUAAACCAUGUAAAUCAGAGUGCUUUGUGUAUGCUUACUCGCACUUCUCUUCUAGACCAAAUGCACCAUAAUUCUGUGUGUUCCUGUCAGUUAGUCAAUCACGUUUCAAACCAAGCCACAAAAAGAAUACUAAGGGGGCAUUUUUAGUCAUUGCCACUCAAUACAAUUGAGAGCCUUUCUAAGAAGACCAAAAUUCUGUUAUCAGAACAACAGAAAAUUAAAUAUUAUAUCAGAACCAAAUUAUACUGGUAAUGGCACAACCUUGAACAAAAUUGCACAUUUUAAAAUUAAGAAACUUCCAAUUUCAAUGAAAAAUGGCUUUUAGUAGAGGAAAAAUAUUUGUGCUUAUGAUGUUUAAAAUGUACAGUAUGUAAGGAAUACAACCAAACAUUGUUGAUUUGGUGCUAAUACACAUUUGAGAUAUCAUAUUAGUAAUACAGUUAAAGCUUGUGAACCUCACCUUUGAUUUUUUUUUUUUCAAAUGUGUUUACUGGUAUGUAUAGUGAUUUAGAUAAGAAUAGGAGAAACACAAUACUGUACGUUGGUUUACUCCUCCAGAGCUAACUUUGCUGAUGUGGUGCUGAUAAUAUAAUGCAGGAAUGUCAGAUGUUUCAAGAUGACACCUGCCAAAUUUCACACAAAAUUGAUUUUCUUCUCCUGGAAAAAUAUUCUAGUACCAUAUUAUAGCGUUAGAUUUUCUUAAAUUAUAUGUUUGAAAAGUCCUUAAAUAAUAUUGGUUGAGAUUAUUUUGUACUUCCCAAUGCAAAGCAUUUUUACAUUUUGUUGGUGCUUCAGUGCUCCUUCCUAGAUGCAGGAGGUAGUAAUCUCAUACAUGUUUUGAGACAAUACAGUGUGGUAUACGCAGGCUAAUUACAUUGAGUAUGAUUUGUGGAGAGUUAGAUACUAUGUAAAGCACAAAUUAUUAUUAUUCAAUGUUUCUAUUUUCUCUUUUGUGAUUGUUUGUAUUAAUUUGCAAUGGAAUGAGAAAAAGCUAACACUCAUUAAACAAAAAAAAUUAAAAAUUUUGGGCCAAAGUUGUAAGUGCUAAAGAAGGAGUAGUUUUAUGUUUGUUUCUCCCUUGUUUUGUCAUUCAUCUCUAUGGUAUUAUAGAGUUCAUCUCCAGCUCUGUGAUAAACACCAAAGUUGUACAUAAUUAUACAUAUUAUUAUGACCUUUCCUAAUAUCUGUAGCAGAAAAACCUCUUUAAAUGCCACAUAUUCAAUCGAGUGUGUAAAUAUGAAUAUAAUUUUAAGAUAGCUCGUGCAUUUUGGGUUUGAUGUACUUGAGUCUUCAAAUGGCUCUGAAGCUGUACAAAUAUGUAACACUGAGAAUGUUACGUAGUCCAUGUGAUAAGAAUGUCCUAAUUUUUCUUCUAGAUUGAUUGUUCCAAUAUAGUGUGAAAAAGUAAUUCUACUAUCGAACUUCCCUUCAGUUUACCACCUCAGUUACGGCAUUAUGUUUCUUGGUGGUCCACCAGUUGUCAAGUUAUUGCUGCUAAUGUAAUUGCUUAUUGGUGCUGGUAAUUUCAUUUAAGUUUUUGUAAUGUUCAGCCACCAAAUGGCUUAGUCAUCCAUUAAUCUGUACAUACAUUUGUGUAUAAUAUUGACGAUAUUCCAUAUAGAUGUGAAAUUGCCAUUACUCACUAGACUUUGUUUCAAUCAUCUUUUUUCCUUUUGUGCCCAUCAAUUGGUCUGCAUUGCUUUCCCUCUCCAGUUUGUAUAUUUUUCUUAUAUUAAAUUCUUAUUAUUUCAUGUGUGAUAUAAUAUUUCUUAACAAUAAGAUCAAGUCAUACUUUCAUGGUAUUGUAUUAAGAUUCAGAAUGGUUGGCAUCUGUGAUUUGGAUGAAUGGGCGAGACGUCUGGCCCAUUUAUUAGAUUAGUUGUGGUGAACUGAGUUGAAAGUCUUACAAAUAUGCAUUCUUUAAGUAAGUUAUAAAUUGGUAAGUAACAUGAUAGUUGGGUGGCAGAUUGCACACUCGCAAAAUGCUAAGCAAUAUGAACUGGAGAAAGGUGCAAUCAGAACUACGUGAAUGGUCUUAAUGACAUGCUAAAUGUAUAGCUGUACAAAAAAGCUUGAAAAAUUAUUUGUUUUACUUCUAAAAUUUUAAUCACAUGUUGAAAAUGUUAGAGACUUUGGUUAGUACCUGUGGGCUUACUUUUGGCCUAUAAUUUACGUGUACAUAAUUCUUUGAGCCUGUAUCGGCCAACCUAGGCCCUGCUGGCACCAUCUCUCUAUCAGCUGUCUUUCGUCUGUAGGUAAAGUGAUUGUAACAUGGAAUCCAUGACAAACAUAUUUACAACAUUAAAAUAAAUUCCUUGUGUGUGUGGGUACCAAUAGAAACCCUGAAAUAAGCAUAAAUAAACAAAAAAAAAAGGUUAC